CUUCACGCGUCCUUCACGCGCCUGCCACUCGACCGCCACCACCAUCACCCUCGCUGUGCUCGUCGCCAUAAUGGGCUCAACGCCACCUCCGGCUGGUGGUUUUGCUGCUUCCUCGCUGCCUAGGUUCAGCUCGCCCUCGGGUUCGCGUCCACCGAGACAUUCUCUGAACUCGUCUUUCUCUUUCGGGCCACAGUCGCUCGUGAACUCAUUCGCGGAAGCAAACAAUAGCAUCGCUUCCAACCCACAUUCAUUUGCGCUUGAUCCCAACCGCUCGAUUCUUCAGGCUUCCCCUUUGUACGCUUCGCCCCAUGUCGCGCGGAAGGCGAAGUUCAGCACCUCCAGACACCCGCUUGCCAAUGACACCACGGAUGUGUUCCAAGACGACGAAGACAUGAAUGCGGAGGACGCAGAGGGGGAGCCGGAGGCUGGGAUUGUAGACCGUAUGCGACUGUGGAGACACGACGCGCUCAUGCAGCACCUGUAUGAGACCGCGGCAUUCUGGGGAGACAAGAUUGUUGAUUGGACAAAUGAUCCGAAUGACGCGUUCUGGCUUGCGCAGACGUACUUCCUCACGCACCAGUACUCACGAGCCGAACGUCUUCUGACGCGUCCCUUCCCCACCGGUCCACCCCAGCGUACAUAUCAGCCACCUGGUAUGAAUGGCCAUGCACAGGCCGGACCCAUCAACUCCAAAGGAAAGCAGAAGGAGGUUCCUUUCCCUGUGCCACCCGCGAAUGCGCCCAUCAUGGAACGCCUGCCAAUCGGACCCAGCGAGUUGAUUGACGUCGCUGCUCGUUAUCAAGAUGGCGUGUCGAGAUUGGUGGACAUGAGCGUCGCGUGCCGCUAUUUGUGCGCACAAUGUCAAGUGAGGCAGGGGAAGUGGAACGAGGCGACUGAGAUUCUGGGCGAGGCCAAUCCAUUCCGGGAGUCUGGGAGGAGUGGGCCUGAUGUACCGAACAUGGACGGUGGAAUCAAAAUCGAAGCCUCUAUGUGUCACCUUCGUGGCCUGCUCAUGCUGAAGCUCAAUCGGGGAGACCAAGCAAAGGCAUGCUUCAUGGAGGCUCUUGCGUUGGACGUCAAGUGUUUCGAGGCGUUCCAACAGCUUAUCGACGGGCAAAUGAUGUCUCCAGACGAAGAGUGGGAGUUCGUCCAAGGCCUUGCAUACAAAGACCAAACGCCAGAAGACGCCGAUUUCAUGCGUCUCAUGUACACCUCUCGACUGCGCAAGUUGAAACACGCGGAAGAACAUGCCUUAGCAAGGACACGUCUCGUAGACGAGUAUGGUCUCGGCGACAACCCUGACGUCUUGUAUAGCUUUGCCGAUGCGCUCUACACGCAGUUCAGAUUCGCUGACUGCUUCACCGUUACUUCGAGGAUAUUGGGUCUCGUCACAGUGCACGUGCCCACCAUGCCAUUGCACCUCGCAUGCAUGCAUCAUCUCUCUCAUCUCAACUCAAAACUUUUCAUUCUCGCGCACGAGCUCGUCGAUCAAGAACCGGAGUCCCCGAUUAGCUGGUACGCAGUGGGUGUAUGGUAUCUGUCGUCGGGCAAGUGGUCCGAGGCACGCACAUACUUCAGCAAGACGUCGCUCAUGGACCCGCGAUUUGCACCGGCGUGGAUUGCGUUCGCACAUACGUUCGCACAUGAAGGCGAGCAUGACCACGCGAUAACAGCAUACUCGACAUGUACCCGCCUGUUCACCGGCUCGCACCUUCCACUGAUGUUCGUCGGAAUGGAGCACAUCAGCCUCUCCAAUAUUCAGAUGGCCAAUGAAUCGUUCACUGCUGCAAACCUCAUUUGCGACGCUGACCCGCUACUUGCUAAUGAGCGUGGCGUGCUUGCGUUCCACCGGGGAGACUUUGAGUUUGCUGUGACGCUCUUCUUGGGGGCACUCGAGCUAGCACAAAUCGUGCAGACCUCACAACGGGCGUGGAUAAACACGUACCUGAACUUGGGCACGGCAUAUCGCAAGCUCGGGCGUCUAGCAGAGGCCAAAGCAGCAUACCAGGAAGUGGUGAAGAUGGAUCCACGUAAUCAGACGGCGAUGGGUUUCCUCGGCGUGACGUACCACUUACUUGGUGACAUCGACGGCGCCAUCGUCAAGUACCACGAGACGUUAAGCAUCGAUCCCAUUAAUGGCCCAGUGCUAGAGCUACUUGAACUUGCCCUCGAGGCUAGCUCAGAGGCAGGUCCAUUCGGUGGCAAGGGCGUGCCUGGCGGCGAGGAGCAAUGGGCACAGAAGAUGCGGGAACAUAGGGAUCGGGAUAAGGGCAAACAGAUCGCUACGAGAGACUACCCACAUCAACAGGACGCUGACGAGAUGAGUGUAGAAUGAGACCCGGACGAGUGAUCGGCCUGUAUCGAUAGAUACCCAGGGAACUGUAUUUUAUAG